CCCAGCUCCCCGCUCCGUUGCGUAACAUGGCCGAGCCCGCGAGCUGAUGGCCGCGAUCGUCUGGUGGCUGGCGGCCUGCUGCCUGCUGCGCGCCGCCACCGCCGGCAACCCCGACGCCAAGCGGCUCUACGACGACCUGCUGUCCAACUACAACAAGCUGGUGCGGCCCGUCGUCAACACCACCGACGUGCUCCGCGUCUGCAUCAAGCUCAAGCUCAGCCAGCUCAUCGAUGUCGUAAGUGUCGCGCGUGUAAACACUGCGUGCCGGGCUGACCUACAUCGCGCAGGGUGCACUGCGAACGCAUACCUUGCACUUGCGCGCCGCAUUUGGAAUUUAAAUAGACACGAAUCGCAUCAACGCCUCGGCUCGACCCACUUUUUGUAGGACGCU